GUGAUUUUUCGAUCGGAUGCGAACUCGCGGAGUCGGAGAUACUGUUACGUGAGUGAGACGCGAUGUCGAAUCUGGAGCGCUAUGAAGCGGGUGGUGAACCAAGAGGUGGCGAUGACCGGGCACGAGAGGAACGAGAUCGGGGAAGUAGGGGUGACGACCGGGAUCGUGGGGAUCGGAGGAGAGGACCGGUCUGCUUUAAUUGCAAUGAGGUUGGCCACUAUGCUAAGCAAUGUUUGAGACUGAGGAGGUUCAAUGGAGCAGCUAGGCCCUUGACGUCUACCAAUCCCAGACGAACAAGGUCUCCCAGAAGGGGGGAUUGGAGACGCGAAUCGGCGGUGCAACUGGAUCCCGGGGUGAAACAUCAAAUCAACGAAUUGGGGAGGAGUGUUGCAUCGAUGCAACAACAUUUUGAAGAGGAGCGUAUUCGUAAGGAGAAUCGCCUGCGGCGCAAGCAGGAGAAGGAGGAAGAGAAACAGCGUGAGGAAGAAAGGAGAAUCUGUGAGGAGGAGGAACGGGCCUUUCGUGAGGCUAAGGCCGCGAAGAAGGGGGAACGGAAGAUACGCGAGGCGGAAAGCCGUGCAGAGCUGAAGAAAGACUUAGGUAUGCAAUUAGCGAUGCAGGUCCAUGAUAUGGAGGAUAAAUUCGUGCAACAUAAGGCGGUGGGGGACAGGCCACCUAUGGAGUCUCCAGCCAAACGCACGCCAGGACAUCGUUGCAAGCAAGUUACCUUCACCGGGAGGUUGACGCGUGCGAGAACCAAGGUGAUCAAGUCUCCGGGAUCGGCAAAACGAAGAACACCUGUUCGGACACCGUUGUCUGCCGCGAAGAAACGUAUGCCACCAUUGACACCAGGGUUGGGGACGCCGGAUGCAAAAAGCUCAUUGGCUAGGUACAAGUACCGUAACCUGGUCAUGGUAGGCUUGAAGCAGUUGGACGGUAAUGAGCUACAACGUAUCUGUCGUGAAAAGGGAAUACCGUACGAUGGUAAGAUCGACGCGAUAUUUGAUAUUGCCGACCAUCGCACUUACCUGCACUUUGGUGACGAUCAGGCACCGAUGGGACCUUUGGAAACUAUCCAUAUUAAAGAUUCGGAGGCAACAAAGCCGACCGAAGACAAGGAAGAUGAAGCCACGCGGUGAUGUGGCCUACGAGUGCCUUAGCUAUGGGCGAUUUGUCGUUUCCUAUCGAAAUGGCGUUGCGGGACGACUGUGAUCGACACUAAGAUCGAAAUUCUCUUUAUAACGGUAGUUCUACUGUUAGCCGUUGAGAAUGCGGUACGCUGGCUGGUGUUGAGCAACACGAGUCCCUGUGGCAUCCCGCGGCUUAGAAUGCUGGAUCAUUUAACAGGACUGACUACUGGUAAACGUGCGGAAAAGAGUUAUUUGGUCUAACUGAUGUCAGUAGUUGUUUGAAAAGAGCUAUUUGUCAGUAGAUCAAGCACCUUGCCUCCUCUGGGCAGGGUGUUAUAUCUGCUGUUUUGAGGUGUGCGGUAUGGGGUAGGUGAGUGGGGGAUGGAAAUAGAUUUUCCUUCACCAACGAGUACAUUGCGCUCAAGGUGUGCUUUUUUCUCCUUCAAAAAAAGGCCCACUUCGGCGACCUGAUUGCCAUUGGCAGGCGGCCUUCUGAUUUUUGUUUUUCUUCUUUCCUUCUCCUUUGUCCACAUUCUAAUGGAUGGAAACGGGCAGGUGGCUCAGUAUCAUGGGCCAUUGUUUCAUGCUCUUGGCUGCUGAUAACGUUGAGGCGGGCUGACAUGUUGCUGUGUUCUACCUUCGGGGAUUAGGCUCGGGAUAGACCGCAGCCAUGGAUGAAGCAAUAUUUGUCAGUCUGCAAUCGAAGAGGCCCAAGGUUUGCAUGGUUGCUGCAUAACGACGAAACGGCGGCACUCUGUUCCUUUUCAUUUUGUCCACAACAGAGAGAUCAUCCAUUUUUUUUCACCGAUUAGAGUGCGAUGUGUCUGGUGGUAAACAUUUCCGCACCCUCGUUCGCUUUUUUUUUUUGUUUGUUUCUUUCUCCCCAUUACGUAAUUCAAAAACGGGGCGUCAUGUUGGCAUAUAGACACGUCCAUAAACAGACAUUAACCAGCUCAGGGAUGCCAGGCCUGCAUUUGCUGGUGAUGUAGAUGUUCUUCGGGAGUCUUGUCUUCUGUGCCUGUGCCUCUCCGCAGCCGGUUGUAUAUGCUGAUGAGUCGGGGAAACUCUGACAAAGCAGUUUGGCACAGCCCCUUGUAUGUUGUCCUCUUCUCCCUCUUGGCCUACUACAGCUUGCCGGGGAGUUCUGUUUGAUAAUAUAUACGUAUAUAUGACAUGGUCUUUGCGGCUCUCCACAUGCCAUAACAGAUUUUGUAAGUUACUCCAGACCUGCUUUGUCUGGGCUUAUCUUCUCCUUCUUCUUCUUCUUCUUCUUCUUCUUCUUCUUUUUUUUUUUUUUUUUUUUUUUUGUAAGUCUGGGCUUAUCUACAGUUAUGGGGGUUUUGCCAGAUUUUGAUUUGAUUGGAUUAUCUAGAUUAGUGCACCCCUGAAGUGAUUAGGUUUAUUGCCAUCUUCUUAACAACUGGCCAAGCUCGGUUGGUGCACCCCUGAACUGUUGGAAAUACGGACCCGAGUGAGUUCGAACUCCUCUGGAAGCAGAUGAGUGAAAUUAUACUACUGUUCUGCAUUACGGAA